GUGAGUGAAUAGUACUAAUAUUAUUGAACACAUACAGUACAAUCAUUUGCCAAACACAUGCUACAUAUUUUACAACAGUUUGUCAGAAAGACAUAUGUGAUUAACCAGCAUGCUUGUGACACCUUACAGAAUUCCAGGAUUUGAUCAAACGCUGCCUGGCUUAUGAACCAUCUGAGAGAGCCACUAUGGAGGAGGUCCUGCAGCAUGAAUGGUUUCAGCAGGAACAAAUUCCAGGACCAACACCGAAGACAGUUCCACUUUCUGAGCUUUAUGAAGUAGAAGAGGAAAUUGGAAAAGGAUUCUUCGGCAGAGUGUGCAAAGGGAUCCGGAAAUCUGAUGGCAAACAGGUCGCCAUCAAAUUUAUAAUGAAGAGAGAGACAGACCGGUAUAUCAUAGUUCCCGGGGUUUCCAAGCCACUGUUCGUGGAAGUGGCUCUAAACCUGCUGCUAAAUCAACCUCCUCUGAGUCCAUACAUCGUGCACAUGCUGGACUGGUUUGAAGAGCCAGAUCAAUUCAUCCUCAUCCUGGAAUACUCUCAACCUUCCAAAGAGCUCUUCAAGUUUUUCGUUAAGGAGAAGCCUAGUGAAUCUCAGGCACGGAGCUUGAUGUACCAAGCAGUGCUUGGAGCGAAGCACUGUCUAGACCAAGGUGUCUUACAUCGUGACAUCAAGCUGGACAACUACGUGAUCAACACUGAGACAAACCAAGUCAAACUAAUCGACUUUGGCUGCGGUGACAUAGUCAAAGAUGACUAUAAUGGUCAAUUCAUAGGAUUUGCCUGCCCACCUGAAUUCUUCGUGGAUUUGAAGUAUGAUGCGGAAUCAUUAACCGUCUGGUCUCUGGGCAUAAUGAUGUACGGGAUGGUCUGCAAAUAUCCGGCCACUACAGCUGAAGUGCACAAUUUGACUUUUCACUCCAAAGUAUCCGCAGAAUUCCAGGAUUUGAUCAAACGCUGCCUGGCUUACGAACCAUCCGAGAGAGCCACAAUGGAGGAGGUCCUGCAGCAUAAAUGGUUUCAGCAGGAGCAAAAAUCAAGAGUUCCUCUGGAGUCAGAAGAGGAAUAAUCAUCAUUUACAAACUGUAUAUAGCACAUUGCACUUUACACUUUCAGAAAAACAACUGUGGACUGUGUGUAUAAAGAUAUUCUGGAAAGGUAAGUCUAGACAAAUGAAAUUCCACAGUUCAGAAAAGUUGGGCAGCAGAUAGUGUCUCUGUAUACUGUUCCCUUUGGGAUGGGGAACUUCAAUGCUAUAAGUGGAUUUAAUCCACGUAUGGGGAUUUAGUUUCAGAAAGAGUAUAUAACGUGCCAAUGACAUGCCAUAUGAGUUGGCAGCGUAAGCUUGCGCACAUGUGACUUAUUGCAAUCCGCAUAUAAGCACAGAGAAAGCAAGGCAACGCUAUUCUUUUCGCUUCUGAGAGAGUCGAUAAGGGUUCCUCCUGCUGAUAUCCAGCAAUUUCGAGCGAACGAGAGCAGUCUCCCGGUCCAAAGUGUGUACACGCUGCGGCAGACGGUCGAGCUGGGUUUCUCCCUUGCCAGGCGUUCUUUGGGUCCGGUCCUCCAGAGCGGUGCAUAUAAAGUUGCAAAUUUCAC